GAUGGAGGAAAGAAAAAUUUUAGAAAAAAAGGUAGUGUUUUACCUUUUCUUUAUGCGAUUAUGCAUUUAUGCAUUUAUUCGCAAGUAUGCGAGAAAUAUUCAUUUUCUUAUGCGAUUAUGCGAAUAAUGGAAAUUACUCUUGAAUAAAAGUUUUUCUCGGCUUUCUGACUUCUGAUAUCAUAAUCAUCAGUUCUAGGACAAGAUUUUCUCAAUCUAAAACCAUAAUAAGAAUGCGUUAUCGCAGA